UGAGAAAGUUGUCGGUGCUCUCCGCCUGAGGGUGAUUUUUUUCUCUCAGCGCGUGGGUGAAUGGCGGCUACGACUGCCGGUUUUCAAUUCAAGCGUGGUUAGUUUCCGACUUGUGGAGAAAGAAAUUACAAGACACUGUCAAAAAAUGUUCUGGUAUACGUGUAAAAUAGGUCGUGCUCUAUUAGUUGCUCGAGCCGUUGUGAUCUCCGGUCGUCAUUCGAAGAGGUUCUACCCAGCCAAGAAGAAACGGUUUUACAAAGAAGUCAGCAUAGUACGAUCUGGGGAUCAAUUCGAGGUCUGCCUCGACCAGAGGAAGCUCAAGACGCCCCUGGGAAAACUGCUGCUCGUUCCAAACGAGGCGUUGGCGGUUGCUGUGGCAACUGAAUGGGACUGCCAGCAGACAGAAAUCAACCCCACCGAAAUGCACCUGACUGGCCUUUGCAACACGGUCGUGGACAACCCCUCCAAAAAGACAAAGGAAGAUAUGGCGUCCGAUAUACUGGAGUUCCUGGAAUCGGACACUCUUUGCUAUCGAAUGCAGGAGCCUGACGAGCUUGUCACCUUGCAAAAGGAGAAGUGGGAUCCCUUAUUGCGAUGGUACGAAGACAGGUUCAAUGUGAAGCUGGAGGCAAAGAGCGACCUGGCGGUGUCAACGCUCCCUCAAGAAGUGUGCGAUGUUGCCUUCAAGCACCUGAUGUCGUAUUCAUUGUGGGGGCUGACAGGCAUUCAAUAUGGUGCGGAAAGCCUCAAGUCUUUGAUCCUUUUCCAAGCUGCCUUGGCCCAGCACCUCAGUGUAGAGCAAGCUGUCAUGCUGGGAAGGCUGGAGAGCGAGUUUCAGACGAGUCGCUGGGGCAGAGUGGAGUGGGCCCACGACCUUGACCGAGAGCAAGUUCUCAGCCGAGUGGCAGCGGCAGUGCUCUUUGUGCAGCUUACGUCGGAGUCGUCCAGCAUUGUUUCCAAGUCGAGCGCAGCAAAAACAGCGCAUCAAUCAUCCGCAGGCUCGGAGAGGUGAACGGCCAACAGCACGAUAGGUUCUCCUUCGCCAACUUCCGAGUGGUUCUUCGUAGUGGUGCGUGAACUUGUUGAAUAGAUCUACGUGCUGUCUGUUGCGAAAGUUUCCGAGCCAAAGUGCUCGCAACCAGUUUGGACAUUGUGCCGUGUGUAGGCAUCGCGAUCGGCGGUUGAUUGAUUGGCUGAUGGGCGUGUCUCAAAGGAACACUCGGGCGAAAGGAAGAUGCCACAAGCUUCGGAUUAACUUUGAUCUCCCGAAGGUGCUCGGCGUGCAUUCAGAGCAAUGCACACGAGCGUUCUUGCACCCCGAACAAGCCAGAAUGUUGCUGGGAAUCAGACCCACAACCUUUUUCUUAGUAGCAGAACGUUGUGGCCCUUGAAGCAGGUGUGCUUUCAGGUAAUGGCUCAGUUAGUGCCUGUGCUAUAUUACUAUUAGCAUUAAUUCAAAGGUGACAAGGUUGAAAACAACUACGGAAUGGGUUGUUGGAUUUCCAAGUUUGCCUAUAUUUGUAACAGAGGCCUAAUUGAGGCUCCAAAGCGUGCAUUUGGAACUCUACUCUGCUCUAUAUGUAGCAGGCAACGCAGUGAAAGCUACGCUCGUAGUGUGUUCAUAGAAGUCUUACUCUACGUGUUUCCCAGUGCAGUUGUUUCUUGAUAGUGCGAUGCUUCAAACGAAAUAAGUACUUCAUAUAUUAAAGAUGCAACUUGUUAAUGUUAGGUUAUGCCAAGGCAUGUGUUAUUUGUGCAGUUUUGUGCUUUCGUUAUGCGACUGUUAUGUUCGGUUGCAAGCGCAAGCCCUGGGCUGCAGCCACGGGUCACAGAAACAUGUCGCUAUGCUCGCUUGGUGUUUAAUAGGUUCAUAUCUGUGAUGCUUUCCAGGUAAUAACGAAGUCAUAGUUUACUAUGUAAAAUUGUGACACUUAUUCUUAUAUCGAAGCGUAUGAUGCAUACCUAUCUUCAUCCUUCAUGUGACACACUGUUUGUUGGUCGAGAAUUCGAGUAGUGAGAGAAGUCUACCUUUGUUAGCAUUGCCUGCUAUGUACGAGACGAAGUACAAGCAACCGGCUACAGAAUGAUUGCAUGUCUCACUCCCGAGGAAUUGAGUGCGACAGUGUCAUGAUCAAUUUUUACUUUUGCGUUUCAA